AUGUCGGGCGGUAGUGCAGGCUUCGAUCGCCAUAUCACCAUCUUCUCCGAGCAAGGACGGCUAUAUCAAGUCGAAUAUGCGUUCAAGGCAAUCACCGCUGCGAACAUCAUGGCGAUAGGUGUUCGGGGCAAGGACUGCGCCGUAGUCCUGUCCCAGAAGAAGGUCCCUGACAAAUUGAUCGACCCUUCCUCCGUCUCACACAUCUUCCAAAUCUCCCCGCUGGUUGGCUGCGUCAUGACCGGAUCGAUCGCGGAUGCCCGGGCGUUCGCACAGCGAGCUCAGGGUGAGGCGGCCGAGUUCAAGUACAAGUACGGCUACGAGAUGCCGUGCGACGUUCUGGCCAAGAGACUGGCCAACAUCAGUCAGGUGUAUACUCAAAGAGCAUACAUGCGCCCGUACGGGGUAGCGACGACACUGGUGUCCUUGGAUCAGGAGUUCGGACCGCAACUCUACAAGUGCGAUCCGGCAGGUUACUACAUCGGAUACAAGGGCACGGCUGCGGGACCUAAGCAGCAGGAGGCUCUCAACCACCUCGAGAAGAAGCUCAAGAACAAGGACCAUGCAGAAGGCAGCUGGGAGGAUGUUGUGGAGCUGGCCAUCACUACACUUUCCACGGUUCUGAGCAUGGACUUUAAGAAGGGCGAGAUCGAGAUCGGAAUCGUUGGAGGCCCCCGGGCGGAUGGCAAGGAAGGGUCGGACCCAGCCUUCAGAACCCUGACCGAGGACGAGAUAGACGACCGACUACAGGCCAUUGCCGAGAAGGACUAG